CCAAGCAGGUGUUGAGUGGCUGUGGUGAUGAACUGACAACAUUCCUUGUGGAAUGAAUUCUCAUUGGAUUCCAGUGUAAUUUGUAGCUGGCCAGCUGUAAGAGUAGCCCAACAAGAAUUCACUGACACUUCCUUCCUCCUCUUGCUGAGCCGGCCCCAGCAAUUGUUUCAGUGUUUUCAUAAAAGCGUCCUGUUAUCCUUUGCCAAACUGAACAGUUCAACAGAGCUGGACCUGAGUGGUGGCUCCCCAUGUGGGCUCUCUCUCUGAACAUGGCUGGGGGUGACGCUGACGGAUGCUGUGAUUCUGAAAGGAAGAUCAGCGAAGCCCCGCAUAGUGAACCCAGAAAGGCAUCCUUCACAUGAUGGGAUCCUUGGGUGCCCAUAAUGCCCAUCACGCAAGAGAACGCUAUGCUCUUCCUCCCCCUCCUGUAUCAGUGGCUGCAAAACAGCCAGAGGGAGGAAGUGGAAGGGCCAGAGCAGAGGCUGUGUCAAUCUGCCAUUCAGAAGCUGAGAGAGUACAUACAGCUAAAUUUUUCCGUGGAUGACAGCAAAUUGCAGCCUAGUGGUCCCAGCACUUUAGACAUGGAAAUCUGCACGCUCUACCUUACCAAGGAGAUGGGCAAAAAUGAGGCUCUUGGCUUAAGCUUUGGGAACAUCCCUGCUUUUGGAGACUAUGGAGAGAAACGGAGAGGAGGGAAAAAGAGGAAAGGGCACAAAGGCCCAGUGCUUGAUGUUGGCUGUAUCUGGGUAACGGACUUAAAGAAAAAUAGCCCGGCAGGGAAAUGUGGGAAAGUGCGACUGAGAGAUGAGAUUCUUUCCCUGAAUGGACAAUUAAUGGUCGGCGUGGAUGUCAGUGGGGCCAGCUACCUGGCUGAUCAGUGCUGGAAUUGCGGCUUUGUCUACCUGAUCAUGUUCCGUCGCAUUAAGCGCAAAGCCCCUCUUCCUCCAUCAAAUGGCAACAACAGCAACAGCUGUGAACCCAAAGCAAAGCCUACCUCGGAGCGAAGUGACAGAGCCGCUCAAAAUGGGAAAAGAACUAGAAAGUUUGGGGUCAUUACCAGAACUCCAGCUAGUAAGGACAGCAAGGAAAGCAAAGACAGCCAGAAUUCAGAGCAGGAGAAUGGACACCACACGCCUAUGGAGGUUGAUGGCUCACACCCAGAGGCAUCUGAAGCGGCAAGCAGUAGAGAGGAUCGGUUUCGAAAUGCAGACCCUGAGGGACGGUACAGGUCUCGCCGUUCAGAUGGUGAGGUGCCAGACCUUAACCCAAGUGACCUGCCUACACAGCAAGAAGGAUGCCACAUCUGGAAGAUGCACAUGGUGAAGGGGACAGACGGGCUGGGGAUCCAGAUUACAGGAGGAAGAGGAUCAAAGCGAUCCCCUCAUGGCAUCAUUGUUGCGCAUGUUGAGGAAGGAGGCUCUGCUCACAGGGAUGGUAGAUUGACAGCUGGUGACGAGCUCCUAAUGAUCAACAGUCAGUCUUUGGUUGGACUCUCCCAUCAGGAAGCUGUGGCUAUUCUGCGAUCUGCUACAGGUCUAGUGGAGCUGGUGGUAGCUAGCAGGGAAGGGACUGAAGAGGAGUCUCUCAAGUAUCCCUCUACAAGUUUGCCUGACUUACUUAGUACCUGUUCAGUCCAAGAUACCACCUCUUGCACUGAUAAUAAAGAGAAUGAAGAGCCAGAGGACGAAGAUGCCAAAGGAGUGAGCGCGUCUCCUGAAGCACAGGUUGCUAUGACAGAAACAGAUAAAUCUCCAGAUCCUGCUAAUGUGGAAGUGGCGAAAGGGAACUGCCAAAGUCCGACGCUGGGAGGUGGCAUAUUGAAAUAUAGAAGUCGAUCCCAAGGGGCUGGAUCCCGUUUAGAAUCGGUGGGAGAAAAUGAUGAACUGACCGUGGAGAAUGGUGAAUCAAAUUACGAAAUAGCAGUGAAAUAUUCCCGGGGAGGGAGAAAACAUUCUCUUCCCCAGCAGCUUGAAUCCUCAGGAACUAGGCAGGAAUACCAUAUUGUGAAGAAAUCUACCCGCUCACUGAGUGCAGCUCAGGUGGAAUCUCCAUGGAGACUGGCCCAGCCAUCCAUUAUUUCCAACAUUGUCCUGAUGAAAGGACAAGGCAAGGGUCUUGGAUUCAGCAUUGUGGGAGGCCAGGAUUCUGCUCGGGGACGCAUGGGGAUUUUUGUGAAGACUAUAUUCCCAAAUGGAGCAGCUGCUGCUGAUGGAAGACUUAAAGAAGGGGAUGAAAUUCUAGAAGUUAAUGGAGAAUCUUUACAAGGGCUGACCCAUCAGGAGGCCAUUCAGACGUUUAAGCAACUCAAGAAAGGUGUAGUGACCCUCACAGUGCGCACGAGACUGCGCAGCCCGAGCCUCACCCCAUGUCCAACUCCCAUUUUAAUGAGUAGAUCAAGCUCCCCAAGCUCCAGUGCAAGUGGAGGAACCCCUGCACCUGGCUCUGAAGAUGGAGACACUUCCUCCUCGUGUCGCAAAGGCCCAGGACCAAAGGACAGGAUCAUCAUGGACGUGACGCUCAACAAAGAGCCAGGGGUUGGGUUAGGCAUUGGUGCCUGUUGUCUCACGCUGGAAAAUAGCUCUCCAGGGAUAUACAUUCACAGCUUGGCUCCAGGAUCGGUGGCUAAAAUGGAUGGUAGAUUAAGCCGGGGUGACCAGAUUCUGGAGGCAGAUUCAGUGAGUCUGCGCCAUGCAGCACUAAGCGAAGCUUAUGCCAUUCUGAGUGAGUGUGGUCCGGGUCCAGUCAGCCUUAUCAUUAGUCGUCAUCCCAACCCCAAGGUUUCUGAACAGGAGAUGGAUGAAGCAAUAGCAUGCACCACUCAUCGAGAGAGCAACGAUGCCUAUUCCCCUCAUGUCAUAGGGAUUCUGCAAAAAAGUCCAUCCCCUAGUGUGAAGGCCAAACAAGGAGAGGCCUCAUCACCCCUGAGCUGGACAAUGAAACGAUUCCUGGAGCCAGCAAGUCGGGGAUCUGUCAGUUCUGAAACGGAGCUUUCCCAGUUCUUCUCACAAGAUGGGCCAAGUCAGGGGUCGUUUUCUGACACACACGUAACGGGCUCCAGUGAGGAAGAGCAGCUCCGUCAGAAAAGUGGAAGCAGCUCUUUGGAUGACAGCUCCCUUCCUCCCAGCAAUCUAACUGCUAAAGAAGCAGGAACAACCAAAGCGGACAGUCUUGCUUCAUCAACCAGUGGGAAGUCACCUGGUCUUUUCAACAAGCACGUGGAAUUUGCCCGACAGGAGAGCCUUGAUGGUAGUCCCAAGUCUGUCCGCAGCCCACUGCUGAGGCAGAGAAGAGUUGUUUUCUAUGAUGGCGAUGUUAGCGACGAGGAUGAUUUUGUCAAGCAAGAAGAGGUCCACUUCCAAAGGAGGCAGUGGGACAAGAACCAGAAAAAUGCCAAGGAAGAAUCUGGCGUUGUCAUCACAACCUCUUCCGCUGAAGUUGAUGAUGAAGGCCAGGAUGGUGAAUUGUCUCGACGCCCUGGCAGUAAGGCAGCUACCCCUGUGUUCAGCAAUUCCUUGGUGUCUGAGGAGAGUGCCCUAAAGCAAACGGAGGACUUGUCCUGCUUUCAGAUCAAAGCACUUGAUUGCUCAGGUAUGCCUGAGAGUCAUCCUACUAAUCUGGGAGUGAAGGAGCUCCGAGAGGCACAGCUUGACUCUAUGAGAUCCCCUAAACUGGAGCACAAAGCAGUCACAAGAGUAAAAAGCAUGAUGAGCACGGAGUGCCGCAAUCUCCCAAGGCAGAAGAUGGAGGAGCACGGUUCCUGUCAUAAGCCCAUUGCCAGGACGCUUCCACACAGCAAAAGGACUGAAGCCCCCGAGAUCCCCAGGCAGAGCAAUGCUGAAACAGUUAAUCUGCUGCGGAAUGAAGAUGAAUCAUUUGGCCUGGAUUUGGAGAUCCAGGCCACUCCCAUAAGAGUUGUGAUAACAGGUUUACGAUCAGGCGGAGCAGCUGAAAGGGGAUCUAUGGGAAAGCUGACAGUAGGAGAUGAGAUUUUAUCCAUCAACAGUACCCCAAUAAGUGGAAUGACAUCCCAGGAAAUCUGUCUGUUCAUACAGAAUCUCCCCAUGUCUGUAACACUAGAGGUGCAAAAGGCAGUAUCAGCUGUGGACAGACUUACAAACCUCCUCAUGUCUUCAGGGACUGAUGGUUCAGAUCAGGCUGACCCCUGCAGCAUCCUUGUAGCUGAAGAAGAAACCAGUUCUGGGAAAUGUGAAGAAAAGACUUUGCAAAACGAAAAUCCAGACAGUAUCACAAAGAGAACAAUGCUGCCACCUGAUGCCAAGACUGAAGAGGUGCAAGCAGGUGCCUCAGAGGUCAGCUGUGUCAAAGACUGUGCUGUGAGCCCAGUCACUGAUAUUGAUGACUUCAUCAGCAAACUGAAUUCUUCAGAGGCUAGAACUUCUCAGUCUCUACUGACAGUAGCAAGCCCCAGAGAUGAGUACACUGCCAAGUGCAGUUGUGAGACAGAGGAAGGUUGUUUUACUAAUUCUGAGCCAGAUAUAGCAAAGAAGGAGCUAUCUGAAAAAAAUGUGAAUUAUGCAGCUAAUGCCCAGGGGAUUUGGGGGUUAUCAGUACUGGAUUCCAUUAAUACAAGCAAGCUUUUUACUGUGAAUAAAAGCUGCUUAAAUAACUAUUCUAGGAAUUUUAGCAGUUUAAGCGUAGAUGAUUUGCCUGCAGCAGACUCUGUGGAACAUACAAGAAAUGAAUCGUUUCCAAAAUCAAUGUAUGGUGCUGCAGAGGAUUCCCAUUCAGACACGGAAUCUCUCACCGAAGCCCCAGAUUCUACUGGUGACGGUUUGCUCUUGCCAUCUGCUAAUGGUAAAUCCUCUGAAACCUGCAAUGUUACAGAGUCAGAUGAGGAGCAAAUUGAAAUUUGCUGCAUGAAUAAUGAGCCACAACGGCCCGUUGAGGAGCAUCAGCAGCUCACGUCUGCUAGAAGCGUAUUUCAUCAUUCCCCACCAUCCCCUCACACGGCAAAAGCUUUACAAACAGAGAGCUGUGCGGUAUAUAGUUCACUGGAUACAAACAAUGACAAAGCUCCAUUUAUACUAGAAGAUCAAUGUAAUUCAAUUCUACACACCCCACAGCUUUUAAAUAUUGUUCCGGCUACUCCCUUACAUUCUUUUCCCUCAGUUUCUCUACCAGAUAAAGAUACCCUCAAACCUCCAUUGGGUGUUCAUCCAGUUUGCUCCUUCCAUAACAACAGUGCCUUAAGUACAGAAGACAGAAUGGGCUUGGAGAACAAUGAAAAAUCUGUGAAACUGUGUGAGUCUUUCAAAGAUAUGGCUUUGCAAAGCAAAAAUAUGAGUUUCUGCACUACUGGGAAGGUGAAUGGCUUGGAAAGCAAUUUGCUGGACAAAGAACAUCAUGAUAAAGAACAAGGAUCCAAAUUUGAAAGUGAACUAGUGACUAAUGAGUGCAAUCACAAGGUUAGUUAUCACUCUGCUUUGACAAAGAAGGAAACAAACAGUUUGGCUAAUUUGAAUAAAACAGAUAGUAAUCGGAUAGAUUCUUUAUCACAAAGCUCAACACUCACGUCCAGGUCACCCACUCCUCCUAAAUCAAAAGAUCUAAGUAAGGCUGGUACGACCCAGGACUUGUCAGGGAAAAAUGAAAAAGUUAAUGGUGUGCCAUUGGGAAGAAGUUCUCAUGCAAAAAUCCAAAGCACCGGCACAAGCUCCAGCAAAGGAGUUACAGUACUGCACAGCCCGACCUCACAGAAAAAAUCUCAUCAAGAAAUUAAGGCAAUGGCCCAAAGGACUAUUGUGGAAACCCUUUUAAAUAGUCAGAGAGCCAAAACAGGACCAAAGCUAAAAGGCCUCACUAUCAAAAGUAAAACAAAGGCAAAUUCAGAAGCGCCGAGCUUUAAUCCUGCAAAAGCUAGUGGGACGGAUCAGAGAAGAACUUCCGUUUCUCCACAGUUAUCACCCAAGCUUCUAGGAAAGAAAGUCUCCGGGUCCCGUAACCUACCUACAAACGUGGAACCUGGCAAGAGCACCCCACCAGUCUCAAAGACUCUUAAAUCCGAGCAAGAAAAUAAACCAUCUCUAGCUGUGCCUGAAGAAACAUCACUACCUGUGUUGAAUGGCAGCAGCUGCAGCCCAGUGGAAAACAAUGAAAAGCAAUCCAGGGGCAAUGGUGAGCUAAGCGUUGCUGCGGAGACGGAGCAUCAGAGAGGCGGUGAAAAACAAAAAGAAAGGCAGGCUUCAGUGCAGCAGGGUGUGUGUAAUAAGAAGGGAGCUAAGAUUGAUGUUGGUGAUUUCAAAGCUAGGGAAGAUCUGCCCAAAGUAACUACCCCUCCUAAGCAGAUGCUGAAAGGUGAGUAUGUGAAAGAGAGAGCUGAAGACCAUGGCACAGGCAUAAACCUGAUAAACAGCAGUCACCAUGAAGGUGAUAUUCAGCAAGUAGGUCCUCAAAACCUAGGAGUCUGUAACAAUGACUCCUCCUCGUUGAGUUCUCCCCCAAUUCAGCAAGAGCAGCCAGAAGGCCAGGAAAUCCAACGCACAUUCAUUGAGGUGAGGUUAUCCUCCUCUUGUUCCUCCCUAGCACCAUCAUCAGAGCGGCUGUUGUUGGAAAAGGCAGACGCUACCAAUACAAAGAUCAGCCAGUUAACUGAGGAGACAGGGGAUGGCCAGUAUUUCACUCAAGUAGACACCGCUGGGGAUGAAAAUCGACACAGUGCAUCCAAAACUGUGACGAGGACUUACUCAAUGCCAGCCCAGUUGUCAAGUCGUUUGAGAGAGGACAGUAAUGUUAUAGAUGUUUCAGCACACCCCGUGCAAGGUGUUCAGAGCAAUGUUUCAGGGAUGCUAAAAAUUGUCCAUCUCAGGGUGCUGAAUGGCCAGGGCACCCGGGAUGGAAAAGAGCAAAUGCACACUCCCCAAAGUGUCCAGAAACCAAGCCUGGAGCAGCUCUCUUUAGCUAAUGAAAAUACCUGCCUUGCCACAGAUAAACUAAAAACUUUCAAGAGAAAUUAUUAUUAUUAUGAACUGAACUGGCCACAAGAAUCUACCUCAUCUUUCUCUGUUAAACAGAGGAUUAAAUCUUUUGAGAAUCUGGCAAAUUUUGAUAGACCAAUUGUUAAAGCUAUAGACAUACAUUCAACCUCCAUGAGUUCUAAACCACAUGUUGGUAGACGAGCAUCUAGUGGGAUAUCCUCCAUAAGCAGUACCAGCACAAACGAUGCAAUGCAGACAUUGAGGCGAAGUUUGAGUUCAUGCAGCGACAGUCAAAGUCCAACAUAUCCUCAGAAAUCACAAACAAAUGUAAUCUUAACACAUGUACAGCAGAAUUCAUCAGACAGCAGCAAAGAUGACACUCAUUUAAAGAAGAGCAAGGGAGAAGACACUUCAGGAGCUCUGCAUGUCUCAUCACCCAACACAUCCCACAUCCGAAGAAGCAGGGGUUAUGGCAGGCAGUCACUGUCCCGCAUGAAGCUCCGAGAGCUCAGAGCAUUGAGCAUGCCAGAUCUUGACAAGCUGUGCAAUGAGGACUUCUCAGUGGAACCCGAGGCCACCCAUUUCAAAACAGAACUGGAAAUUACACCCAGGAAAUCACUUGGCCUGCCUGUUGAAAGCGUUUCAAAUCUGAAUGCAUCUUCUGCCCUCUCCAACCUUGCAAAAAUGAACCGGCUGUGUUCUAAAGGGAGUAGUCCUUGGAAUAGUGGCUCAGGGACUCCUGGGUCAGCAUCUGAUGAUGAUGUACCACAUGACAGCUCCCCAGAUAGGAAGCCAUCAGAAAAAAGCUGGUCAAUCAGCUUGGCUCAGCUAUUAGUCUCAACCCUGGACCAGCAGAAAUUGCAAUCUCUUUUAUCAUCAGUAAAGGCAAAAUGUGAGAUCAUCACUGUGCUCCAAGAAGUCAAAGAACAAGCAGAGAGCAAAGAAGAUGCUUACUUUGUGGUCUUGAAUAAAGAAGAAGGUGCUGGCCUGGGAUUUAGUGUCGCUGGAGGGAUAGAUCUGGAGCAGAAAUCUAUCAUAGUCCACAGGGUGUUUUCAAAGGGUGUGGCAUCUCAAGAAGGGACUAUCCAUUGUGGAGAUCUCAUUCUGUCAAUUAAUGGCAUGUCUCUGGCGGGUUCUGUCCAUGGAGACGUUCUGAAUGCUCUGCAUCAGGCAAGACUGCACAAAUAUGCAGUCAUUGUCAUCGAGAAAAAGAAAGACAGAGAAAAGAUUUCAUCCAGACUUGAAAUAUCAGCUACUGGCAGAAAACACUUUGUGCCUGGAAAGGAUGUUACCAUGGAAAUAGGAACAGGUCCAAAAGUGGAUAUGAGUGAUGUCAUUUCUGUUGAACUAUGGAAAACCUCUGCUGGCUUAGGGUUCAGCCUUGAUGGUGGAAAAGCUUCAGUUUCUGGAGACAGACCUUUGCUUGUAAAAAGAAUAUUUAAAGGUGGCGCUGCAGAGCAAGCUGGAAAAAUAGAAGCUGGAGAUGAAAUUGUUGCCAUUAGUGGAAAAUCAUUGAUUGGUCUCAUGCACUACGAUGCCUGGAACAUCAUUAAAUCUGUCCCAGAGGGACCAGUUCAGUUGCUGAUCAGAAAGCCUAGAACUUCAGUAUGACAGAAGCACUAUUUCUAGCUACACUUGUUUAAGGCAACAUGUUCCUUAGAAGUAGUCCUUUCAAAACAGACUACCAGCUGUCCUUACAUUUUUGAAGCUGUGUAGAAGUGACUUAAUGCUCUCUAGCGGCUUGCUAAAAGCAUCAGAGGAGCACUGGGAUAUGCAAACAAGGAACACAUUUGUUUCAUGCAGUGUUUUUAUACACUUUACUUUCCCAGGAUGUGAGAAGCCAAACAGUAAGAGGACUUUUGUGUCAGGUGGUAUUUUAAUGGAACUUCAAAACCUUUUAGCAGAUUCUGUUUGAAAUGUUUUGCCUGUUCCCAAUAGGUUUAGUGUUUGGAAAUGGGGAGCAUAACUCGUUCGUUGCUAUCCUGUUAAUGAGGAUGGGUGUUUUGACUGUAUUACUUAGCUAUAACUUGACUUCAACACACUGACUUGGGGUCCAGUCUGUAUUUGUUAUAAAAGGAGAAUGUCUGGAACAAUCUCACUUUAUUCUUCUAAGCGCCGUUUUGCUAAAGAGGCAUGACAAAAAGAAGUAUAAUUUUGCACAGCUUUGUAAAUCUAAACCACGAACAUUUUAUCAUGAAGCUCAGAAUCAUCUAGAAACCUAUGAACUGAACACACAACACUGUUAAAUCAGCUCUCAGUGACAUAUCAUUAAAUCUGAAUAUCACACCAUAUUCAUACAUUAGAAAUCUGUGUGCAGACCUUCGUUUAGGAAAAGAAAAUCUGUCGCAAAUGUUGGAUGACUAUCUGCAGAGGAUUGGAAGGACGGUAGCAGUUUUGGUAUAAUUUAUGGGUAUAAUUAAGACUGGAGUGUAAAAAUUGCAGUCUGAACUUUCAAACUUGGGUUCCUAAAGUUAGACACUUGAAUAAAAGUGGGCUGACUUUCAAAGAUGCUGAGCACUCACAGUUCCCAUUAUCUUCAGUGGGGGCACGGCACCUCUGAAAAUCCACCCACUUUCAUUUGGGUGCCUAAAAGAGGAUUACGGUUGCCUAAGUUUAAAAACUCAAGUUUGACAAUUUGGGUCCAAAUAUCUAGAUUUUGCCCAGUUAAAUUUGAACUGGCCACACUUGUUACUUUUCUUCUCAAAUAUUUAUUUUCACAGGCAGCGUGCGUAUUGUAAAUAUGUCUUGGAUUGAGUGAGUAAUGGACUGGUUGAGGAUUUUGAAUUAUGGAAUUGGCUUUAUCUGCAUAGAUCAUAACUCAUUAGCUGAAAAACCAUAUUGUAGAAACAAUUGAAUGUCACCUGUACUUAUCCUGGAUUUUUCACCAAUAUUCAAAGCAUGUAUCUAUAACAGUUGUUUUCCUGUGUAUUAUUUAUCGUACACUGUUUGAGGGGAAGAAAGAAUAUGGUAUGAGAGGUUAGAACAAUUUAUUUGCUUAAGUUUGAGAUGACUGAAUAACACACAAGUGACAAAGCAAAAAGAAACCAUCAUCCCUAACAGUGAGAACAAAUUGUUUGGUCCAGUGUCCUCAAAUUGUCAUGGGCCCAAAACCAUAGAAACAGCCCUGACCAAUAGAGGCAUUCCAAAUCCAAACCUGGAGCCAGCUCAGCAGCCUGCAAAUAGCCCCAAUAUUUAUAACGAGCGUACGCUGGUUAUGUGGUGUUGAAAAGGUCUGGAUGGGACGCAAAUGUUGUAGCUGGAACCAAUCUCUAGUUUAUACCAUAUUCAGAUGUAUUUAUUCAUAUUAUUUUUAUAGUCAAUAGUCUUUACUGAAUGAAACAUUUUUCUUUUGGUUGUGUUUCCGGCUAGAAUACAACUUGUGAUGUGUGGAAAUGCAUAGAGUUCCUUGUGGCAUCCAGAGAUCAGGUGUACAGAAAAGUUGCACAACUUCUGUCUAGAUAUAAAAAUAUAUAUAUGGGUUUUUUUUUUCAAGUUACAUGAACAUUAGAGUGUCUAUCUAGGGAGAGAUGCCAACAACAUUUGGGUACUGAAAAGAUGAAUGCGGGGCUGCAGCCUUCAGGUGCUCCACCCACAGAAUUUCCAAUGAAGUUAGUGGAAGUUCUGGAUAUGGAGUGGCUGCAGAAUUGGAUUAGCUUUGUCACUGAUCCUACAAUGAGCUUUGAAUGCAACUUUGUUAGCUUUAAUGAGGCUUAAUGUGGAUGCAAGAUUCCAGCCACAUGGACCUCACUGUGGUAUCAGGCCCCAUGUUGAGAGGAAAAGCUUAGCUUAAAUUUAUGCUGAAAACAGGGAGAAAAUAUGACAAACUGUGAUGCCUUUUUCAGGAAUGAUCAAAAUCUGAAAAAGUUAGACAAACAGUACGUAUACUAGAUACAUAAAUAUGCAUGUAGAGUUUAAUGCAGUAUAGUGAAUACACACACACACACAUAUAUAUAUAUACACACAUACACAGUACAGGAUUGACACUUUGCUAUUUUAAAAUGGUAAACCACAAUUGUGUUUUGAAAAAUGACAUUUUUUCCAGUGCAGCAUUAGAACUUUACUAAAUUCUGAACCAAGAAGCAUACAGAUCCCUUAUUUAAGUGUGAACUCAAAGAAGAAGAUUUUCGUCUUGUACAUUAAGCUUACUGAAUUUGAGGGAUGUCUUGAAAAUGAUAUAUAGUGAAUAAUAUAAUUUUCAGACACUUAUUUGCAGGUACUAUUCACUGUCUGAGAGUGAUUUAUAAAGCUUUCAUUUUUCCAUUAUCAAAUACUCUCUUUUAUUUUACACAUACUUGGAAAUAUAUGUUGGGCAAAUGUCAACAUGAAAACUAGGUGGGUUUUUGUGUGUGAUAAAAUAUGAAAUGUAAUUUAAAGGAAUGAUGGAUUUAACAUUUAAGUGGUAUGAUUUAUUAACAUGUUCUGAAUAUUAUGAUACAGUUCUACUAAUGAUAUUUUUAUGUUUGAUGUAUAAUUACUUUUUAACCCUGACAUAUUAAGCCAUGUGAUCAUUCUUCUUGCCAAAGCUAUGUUUUGUGAUAGGAAACAGAAGAUCUGUAUUGAUUCUGCUAGGGUUCAAAUUAUUACAAUAGAAUUUUUCAGCAAUUGUGUUGAGGUAACAAUACUCAUCAAUAUAAAAGUCCAUGUUCUAGGAAUCUGCUUUCGAAAAGGAAAGAGUGGAGAAUAUGGUCAUUUGUAUUCAAUCUUCACCUUGUAGAGGUAAAGUAAGAGUUGUACAAUACAUGGUGCAAAUGAAAUCCUGCUAUGCACUUAAUGUAGAGUGAGAGUAUAUGGAUUGGAAAUGUGAAAUUAGUAGGUAUGAAAAGAAAUCUAUCUAAUAGAUCAGGCUAAGCAGAUCUUACAACAUGUACCUAUUACUGUUCUCUAGGAACAGAUGACUCUACAGUACUCUUUUGAAAUUUACUAGGAAUGAUUCUUUAUUACACUGUAAACUAUUACUUUUAUAGGGUCCUGAAAAAGCCAAAAUGAGGCAUGGAGGUUCCUUGAGCACCUUAGCUAGCACAGCCACAAAGCCUCCUUCCUAUCCUAUACAUCAGUGAGCUAGGAAAGACUCUUAAGGUGCCAACAACCUUACAUUUUCUAUGAUAGAUUCUGGUCUCACUUCUACCAGUGUUAAUUCAGAGUAAUUUGUUGUAAGUCAAGAGUUUUAUACAAUCAGUUGUGACGAGUCUCUUUCUCUCUUUAACUGUAAGAUAAAAGAAUGGGGUCAUAGGACUCAGAGAUAUAAUCCUUUUCUGUCCUGAACAAUGAUCAAGGAACCAACUCAGCAUCUUUCAGCUGACCACUGAUUUGUGAGGAAUUAUGCAGAAAGUUCCCCAGACCCCAGCAGAUAACUUUUGGUUUUCAUUAUUAGCUUCACUGAUUGGAGGCCAGUGCCCAAGAUGGUCCUUUUUCAUAUUGGGGAUCAUCACUCAGUUCCCUAAGCAUUCCAGGGCUAUUUUAUCUCUUUAGGGCCACACAGUUGCAGGUAGAAAGAUAAGUAUGUUACCAGUCAGGACAUAUAUGGACAUUUAAUUUGUCCCUGGCCCCAGACAGGUCUGCAGUUCUUCACCAUGGACCUGGAGUGGAGGGAAUGGCUUUCAGAGCAGGGCAGACUUCCUUCUGGAUAAGCUGGCCUGUCACAGAUCUAGCAUUCACUGUCUUCCAGGGCUGGAGCAGCUCAGAAGUAUGUGCACACUGGAUACUGGGGGGAUUGGGCUCUAGUAUGAUACUGGGCAUACAAUAUCUUGCAGUCCUUAUGCAUGAAAACCUCUCAUUGGCUUCUCUGGGAAUUGUAUCUGUGUUAAGGACUAAAGGAUUAAGCCUAAAGUUGGGAGGAGGCAUUUUGGCUGGUUACUUUCAUCCCAAUCCUAAUAAAACCCUUUUGAGGGUAAUAAAGUAUUAAGAAUUUUUGUGUGACUGACAUUUCCAAUCAGCCCUCAUUCAGAAUUAGUCCUAAUAACAUUCUACAAUUUUUCCCCCCCAAAAGCUGGAUCAAUCAUCCACAGCCAGGUGUUGGAAUGUUAGCUGCUUGUGCAUUUAGGGUAUGUAACUGUAUACAUGAAAAUAUUGAUGAGGAUUAGAGUAGGUCACGUGAGACAUUGGAAUUCCAAUCUAGUUAGGUUUUGUGUGUUCUGUUAAGAUGAUACACUUCUUGUAUGAUAUUGUAUAUUGACACUUUUAUUUAUAUAAAUAUUACUUGUUUUAUUGAAACCCCUUUAAAAUGCCUUGUAUAUUAUAAAAAAGUGAGUGCAAUAAUAUGAAAUAGACUGUACAUUUUCAAAAGUUGCUUUCUCCGUUAUGUAAAUCUGCAUCACCAUAAAUAUGGGUUUUUUUAGUGAUUUUGAAAAAUAAAUAUUACGCUUAGUA